AUGCGUCGCUCCUCCUCCUCCCUGGUCCACGGACGCUCAGGGAGGAGCGUGAGGCUGGAGGACUACGCUCUGGAGAGGGAGGUGUCUGAGGAGGCGCACCGCGGAGGAGGAGGGAGGAGACACCGUGAACGCAACCAUCAAGCCAGCCAGAGGUCACUCACCAGAUACACCGACGUGGACACAGGCCUGGGCACAGACCUGAGCACUACGACUCAGUCUGGAGAGCUGCCUCCCAAAGAGCGAGAGAGAGACCGCGGCCGCACCAAGGACCGCCGUCACCACCACCACCACCACCACCACCACGGCUCCUUCGACAAAGACCGUUACCACGACUACAGACACCCCCCAGAGCGCCACUGGUCCCGGUCCCCGAGCGAGGGCCCCGACAGCAGGGGCCACAGACAGGGGUUCGGUCUCAGGGGUUCGGUCUCAGGGGUUCGGUCUCAGGGGUUCGGUCUCAGGGGUUCGCUGAGCCGGUCUCAGGGGUUCGGUCUCAGGGGUUCGCUGAGCCGGUCUCAGGGGUUCGGUCUCAGGGGUUCGGUCUCAGGGGUUCGGUCUCAGGGGUUCGGUCUCAGGGGUUCGCUGAGCCGGUCUCAUGGGUUCGCUGAGCCGGUCUCAGGGGGGUUCGGUCUCAGGGGUUCGGUCUCAGGGGUUCGGUCUCAGGGGUUCGGUCUCAGGGGUUCGGUCUCAGGGGUUCGGUCUCAGGGGUUCGGUCUCAGGGGUUCGGUCUCAGGGGUUCGGUCUCAGGGGUUCGCUGAGCCGGUCUCAGGGGUUCGGUCUCAGGGGUUCGGUCUCAGGGGUUCGCUGAGCCGGUCUCAGGGGUUCGGUCUCAGGGGUUCAGUGAGCCGGUCUCAGGGGUUCGGUCUCAGGGGUUCGCUGAGCCGGUCUCAGGGGUUCGGUCUCAGGGGUUCGCAGUCUCAGGGGUUCGGUCUCAGGGGUUCGGUCUCAGGGGUUCGCUGA